AUGUCUCCCAAAGUCCUCGUCGUCCUCACCUCCGCCAACGAGAUCCCCGCGAUCAAGAAGCCUACAGGCUGGUAUUUGCCCGAAUUCGCCCACCCCCACCAUGUCCUGCACAACAAAGUCUCCCUGACCAUCGCCUCGCCCAAGGGCGGCGAAGCCCCUCUUGACCCAUCCUCCGUCGAAAUGUUCAAAGACGACACCUCGGUCAACUUCCUUAACAACCAGAAAGCCCUCUGGACCAAGACCGAGAAGCUAUCCGACGUGCUUCCUCGCGUCAACGAGUUCGAUGCCAUUUUUUACGUCGGUGGACACGGGCCCAUGUUUGACCUUACGUCCGACGCCACCUCCAUCAAACUAAUCGAGGCCUUCGCUGCCGCUAAGAAACCCGUCGCGGCCGUCUGCCACGGCCCCUGCGUUUUCCUGAAUACCAAGGGACCCUCUGGCAAACCUCUCAUCGCCGGCGCGCAGGUGACUGGAUUCUCUAAUGAGGAGGAGGACCAGGCUCAGCUUUCUUCUGCGAUGCCGUUUAUGCUGGAGACGGAGCUUGAGAAGGUGUCUGGUGGACACUUUGUCAAGGCAGCCGAGCCGUGGGGGGAGAAGAUCGUUGUGGCCAAGACCGAGGUUGGUGGGGAUUUGAUCACAGGUCAGAACCCCGCUAGUGCGACUGGGGUGGGUGAGGCUAUUCUCAAGUCUCUUGGACUUUAA